AUGGAUUCCAAGAACAUGGGACUGUUUCUGCUCUUGAUUUUUGCAGCCCUAAUUUCUCAAACCACGUCUCGGUCUCGGUCUCUCCUUGACACGUCAAUGCUCAAGAGGCACGAGCAAUGGAUGGUGCAACAUAAUCGUGUCUACAAAGAUGAUGCUGAGAAGUACACUCGGUUCAACAUAUUCAAAGAGAACGUGGAGCAAAUUGAGUUGUUUAACAAAGCCGAAAACGCUCCAUACAAACUCGGAGUGAAUCAAUUUACCGACCUAACGAAUGAAGAGUUCAAGCUAAGGAAUAGGUUCAAGAGCCAUGUCUGUUCCUCUUCAACCGAUUCCUUCCGAUAUGGGAACAUUUCAGCAGUGCCCGCUACCAUUGACUGGAGGAAGAAAGGCGCAGUUACUCCAGUCAAGGACCAAGGCCAGUGUGGUGAGUUCGCUUUUGUAGGAUUUACUUAUAAAAAAUAA